AUGAGAAUACCACCGCUUUCAGUGCUGGCUACGUGGCCGCGCCCCAACUACAACCAUCCGGAGACGCGAGGCCCAGCGGGAAAAGUGUUGGCCGUGGCGUUGACGACCUUGGUGACACUCAUCCUGGCCAUCCGCAUCUACACGCGCCGGGCCAUCUCCAAGAGCUUCGGUCUCGACGACAUACUAAUCGUCGCUGCCUACAUACCGGCGUUGACGUUUGCGAUAUGUGGCAUUUUUGCCGAGGUGUCCUUUGGCUGGGAUAGGCACAUUUGGGACGUCCGAUACGAACUGUUGAGUCCGGGCUUGAAAAUGAGCGUUGCAUCGUUUUGCCUAUUUGACUUGGCCUCAAACCUAACCAAGCUCUCAACGUUGGCCAUGCUGUAUAGACUCAUCCGACCGACGAAGUCGCGGAUGAAAAUUGUGGUUAUAGCCGCAUGCGUCCUCGUGACCUGCAGCAGCCUUGUAUUUGUGUUCGUUGUCAUUUUUCAAUGCAGCCCCGUCUGGGAUUAUUGGACGCUUUCCACGGGUCCGCAGAACUGUAUCGACGAGGCAGCCCAUCUCCUCUCGGCAGGCAUCAUCAACACCGUGACCGACUUCAUCGUCGUGCUGCUCCCCAUCAAGACCGUCGCCGGCCUUCAGCUGCCGAGGAAGCAGUAUAUAAUCCUCAUCGUUUUGUUCUGUGCUGGCUUUGUUGCCUGUGUAGCCGGCGUUGUCCGAACCUACUACACCUGGAUGCUGACCAUCGACUACGACCGGACGUGGGAAGGAUGGACCGUAUGGAUCAGCAGCCUCAUUGAGCUUGAUGUUGGCAUCCUAUGCGCUUCAGUGCCUUCCAUUAAGCAGUUCUUUACACUAUAUCUUCCCAGUGUCAUUGGAACCACGCGUCGCUCCACCAAGCCAGACAAGCAGAGCCAUGACCGCAACUCGACAAGGCUGACUGUGACGGUCAACACGACGGUGGAGACGACGUACGAAAACAGGUCCUCGAUAGAGCUCAUGGAGGGCCCACAGAUGACCCUGGCCGAGCUACUCCAGCUUGAUGAGCUGGAGAAGCCUGCCACGCCCCCUGAGGCGGCAAUACACACGCGCAGCCGACCCGGAAGCCAUUUCGAGGCGCCCGGGAACCAGGUCCCCUACCAGCACCUUUUCGAGUCGCCGAUUCUGAAGCCGAUCGAGCCAGGCACAAGGUCCUAUGCCACCUCGAUCAGUGCCUCGUCGACCGCGCUAUGA